AUGAUUCAGAACGUCCCUCUCAUCGCCUCGCUUAAUUGUGAAGACGAGGUCCAUCUUCUUGUGGGAUCUCGUUCGCUAAAUGUGACGCUGAGCAGAGCAGCCGGUAUCGUUGCUAGCGGUGCGUACGCCAAGAUUGUUAGCCCUUCAAGUGCUGAGGACGCGGAGAAGCUGCGAAAAAGGUUUGCAGGGGAGAGCCGCGUAUCAGUGAUUCAGAAACCUUUUGAGCUGCAAGACUUGGCUACCCAAGGAAGGGCCUUAGUCCUUGGGGUAGUUGACCGCGUUUUCGUCAAUGUGGGGCAAGAGGAAGCGCUUUUGAUGCAAGAGAUUUACCAACAGUGCAUAAAGCUGAGGAUCCCUAUCAACACUUCCCAGAGACCAGAGUUUUCGACUUUCAGCCCAGUCUCUACUUACACAGACCCAGCCAAGAGUGGGCUACAAAUAGCUGUCACUACCAAUGGUCAGGGCUGUCUUCUGGCCAACAGAAUCAAGCGCGAGAUUGUAUCAAGUUUGCCGGCAAACAUAUCUCAAGCCGUGAUCAACAUGGGCGCGCUAAGAGACCGCAUCAUAAAUGAGGAUAACUCAAACUUGGUGUCCUCUUACUAUUUAAACAAAGACCUGCAGGACUUGGGUUACGGGUUCGACGAGGAUAACUGGGAUAGCCACCGCUUGAACAAACUGGUACACGAGUUUGCCAUGACUGAGAGCGAAAAAAAACUGAAAAGAACAAGAUGGUUGUCGCAAAUUAUGCAAUACUACCCUUUGACACAAUUGGCAAACAUUUCUAUUGAGCAACUUGCAGACAACUACAUGAGUGAUAAGACUCAACUCUCGCCAGCUAAACCCGAGGCUAUAGACUCGACUGCCGGCUCGCAAGCUGGGCAUGAUACCAACAGAGACGGACUACGUGGCGACGAGGAUGUUUCCGACUCUGUCCAGCCUUCGCAAGCCAACAGGCUGGCGGAGGUCUCUGUGAAGGGCCGCAUCUCUCUUGUGGGCAGUGGCCCCGGCUCCGUGUCCAUGUUGACCGUGGGCGCUCUUCACCAAAUCAAGACUGCCGAUUUGAUUUUGGCAGAUAAACUAGUCCCUGAGACAGUGCUGGCACUCAUUCCAGAGAAAACAGAGACUUUCAUUGCCAGGAAAUUUCCAGGCAAUGCUGAGAGAGCACAACAAGAGCUUUUGGAAAAAGGACUUGCCGGCUUGCAACAGGGCAAAAAAGUGGUACGACUGAAGCAGGGGGACCCUUAUAUCUUCGGACGUGGUGGAGAAGAGUUCCUGUUCUUCUCUCAACAUGGGUUUGUACCACAGGUACUCCCAGGUUUGAGCUCCGCUCUCACUGCUACUGUAGUUGCCAAAAUCCCAGCGACGCAGCGCGACGUCGCAGACCAGGUGCUUAUCUGCACCGGAACUGGACGCAAGGGUGCGUUGCCUGAGACUCCGGAGUUUGUCGAGUCAAGAACAACUGUCUUUUUGAUGGCCCUUCAUAGAUCAGAGCUUCUCUUAGAGGCCUUACUCAAGCGCGGGUGGGACCCUGAGGUUCCCGCAGCCAUCAUAGAGCGUGCAUCAUGUCCCGACCAAAGAAUAACCAGAACUCUGCUAAAAUACGUGCCCGAAGUUGUGGCGGAGAUAGGCUCCCGUCCCCCUGGCUUGUUGGUCGUGGGUAAGGCGAUUGGUGCUCUUGUCGACCAAAGAUUUUUGGAGUUUGAUGACAACAGGAAACACUACAUAGAGGAAGGAAUCGAUGGUUCAUCCGAGCCAUCGAUUAAUCUGGAGGAGCUUCUCCAAGCUUGUACAUAG